AUGGUAUCUGGCGAAUACACAGUGUUGGGGUCAUGGUCAGCCGCACCAUGGGUAUCACGGACUAUCGCCGUACUGCAUUUGAUAGGAAUGAGCAUAGCAUGGGUGAUGGCCGAUGUGAUGAAAUACAAUGAUACACCCGAGGUGCUUGCUGUGUGGAGUAUCAAUUCGGGCAACAUAGGGUGUCUAUUUUUAGCACCGUGGAUGUCAUGGGACGCUGGAGGCCAGCAUGAGGUAUCCCUUUUCCUGUCCCUGCUUGCUUCCAUCACUAUCCUCAACCGUCUGCCUCAAUUUGAACGGCGAUAUGGUUCGGGGACUUGCUUGACAUUGACAAUAGCGUGUUUGAUGGCAAUUAAUGGUAUAUUCAUUGGAGUGAUGGAAGCAGCAUGCCUCUCUAGUGGCCUCUCCUAUGACCCUUACUUUGGCUGUAACCAAUACCUAUGGGGUUUGUGGCCUCUGGCCAUGUUCAUAGUAACCAGGCAGUGUUUAGAUCAUCCAAGGGGCAAGGUUGAUUUCUGGGGAGCAUGGCAGAUUCCUAACAUAUGGUAUCCUCUCUGCUUGAUAUUACUCUUGUCUGCUGCCCAGAUGCGAGUCGUAUGGGAUUGUCUCUGCGGAGUUUCACUUGCCCUCAUAUUGCGUUUGGUGAUCAAACUGGCCUCAACACGGAUGUGUGGAGGUGUCUGUAGAUACUGCAUGCUUCGAUGCUGCCCAUCAUGGUAUCGUUAUCUUUCGAGACGACAUGGGAAGAGGGCUGAGGAUGAACAUGCUAGAGAUACUCUGGACGAGAUCGUUUACUCGGUGUAGCUAUCGUCGAUGACCAUAACUGGAGACCUAGAAGCCUCGUCCGUGUGCAUGCCACGGCUGGCUUGAGAUAGUUGAGAGUCAUUUUAAUCUCG